AGUAUACCCGGCUGUCAGGCGCUCAAAAUGUCAACACGGUUGUCAUUCUAGUACUACUUUCCCGACCUGUUCUCUCUUUCUGAUCCGCCAUUGUGUCAAGUUUGUUGUCCGACGAUUUGCUCUGACUUAAAAAUAAUAAAACAUGGAGAACGACGCCGGAGAAUUCGUUGAUUUGUACUGCCCGAGGAAGUGCUCGUCCAGCAACCGAAUCAUCCACGCUAAGGACCAUGCCUCCAUCCAGAUCAACAUCGUCGACGUGAACCCCCAGACCGGCCGUAUGCUGGAAACCUCCAAAGUGUACGCCAUCUGCGGUGAGAUCCGCCGCAUGGGCGAAUCGGACGAUUGUAUCGUUCGCCUCGCCAAGAAGGACGGACUGUUGACCAAGAACUAUUAAAUGCUGUAUGAAGGAAAUUCAAUAAAAACAGUUGAAAAAUCUUAA